AUGGCGCCGGGCUCUCAGUCAUGGUGGACUGAUGACCGCGUGAAUGAGACCGUCACGAUAGGCUAUGUCCAUUCACAACUUAGGCCAGGCGAGCAAGAACUACUUCGACGACCUCUAUAUUUCGGUGGAGAUCUGACCGACGAUACAUAUCUUGACUGGAUUUUAACUCGAGCCAAACGCUUUUUCCUGAUACUCGUCGCUAUCGGAGUUCCUGAUCAGAUAUUUGGCAUCGUCGAUGACUCCUACGAUGACGAGGACUUACCCAUCGCCGACUAUGCUGUACCAGACCUGCGCCUGUCUUUCCAACCCGACCCUGCCCUCGAUAAGCGAUUUUACAAGACACAGUUUCGCUUCCUCAGCCGCAUUGUCGCCCUGGGCGAGCAUAUCCGCUAUGCUAACGAAGAAACGGUCCCCGUUAACACUCUUGGCUUGAAGUCGGUGGUCAUGUCCCUGGGUUACGAGGGUACCGAUCGAGUCCGGAUACCCGACAAUCCCACGGUGUACGUUCGUCGGCGUAUUAGUGUCGCUGAUCAGUCAGCGGAGGAAGAACUUCUGAGCGAGAUUGCCGCCAAUAGAAGGCUCGUUCACGAGCAUGUUGUGUCAGUGUUCGCUUCCUACACGCAUGAAGGCUUCCUAAAUGUCCUCUCUUCGCCGGCACCCGAGUGGAGCCUCAAGUCUUUUCUCACUGAUACGCCCAAAGCGUUUGAUAACCUAACCAAAACGCAACGGCGACAUAUACUCAUCAAUUGGCCUCACUGUCUCGCCAACGCGCUGGCUUGGCUUCACAACAAUGGGGACAGCCAUGGCGCGAUUCGACCAUCCAACAUCCAAGUCGAUGAAUCCUUCAACAUUUCACUAGGCCUCCUUGCCGGAGACGGCGUCUUACGUGGUAAAGUCCGCUCGGACGAUAUCGAGGCAUAUCAAUAUGCUCCGCCAGAGAGAUGGAAAAGGGCAGUCACCUAUCGAAGCACAGGAUCAGCCUCUGUAGUGCUUCCCUCAGGCGGACGGACAGGCCGCAGGAUGACAACGAACGACAAGUCGGGCUCUUCCGACGGCCGGAACAGUGUCAGGAGUAUUUCUGGCUCGGCGAUUCCAACCUACACCUUUCAGCCAAUGUCUAAAGGUAAUUAUGCUAGACUACGUCUACGUGCUGCAAAGACUUUGGACAAUUCGUCGCUACCGACUAUUGGAGGAUCAAGUACGGAUGCACCGUCUACACCGACAGACGACAGGUCUAUCUCCACCCAAGGGACUGCAAGGCCCGAUAUACGCACAGCCUUGCCUGUGAGGGCCCCCUCGAUUAUGUCGUCGACCUCAUCCACUGGCACCAGAGAGACAAGAAUACCUGCUGGGCCUGUUUUCGUUGCACCACCUGAAGGUCGUAGCACCAUGGUCCAACAGUGGCAAUCGAUAGAACAAGAUAUGUUUGCCUCGGACAUGUUUUCACUUGGUGCUGUCAUGAUGGACAUCAUGACCGUCCUCUGCAAGCGCACUUACAGCGCGUUCUCGCGGCAUCGCUCCACCAAAAACCGGAUGGCAGGGCGAGGGGGUGGUCUGGCUGAUGCCAGUUUCCACGCUAAUCUGGGUCAAGUCUUCUCGUGGGCACAGUCCUUGGAGAAUGAGGCAAACAAGAAAUCGAAGAAGGAUGAAAGCCAGGCAUUAAGUGCCGUGGGUCCUGUGGUACAACUCGCCUUGCAGUGCCUUGCGAGAGACCCCGUGGCCAGAAUGACAAGCGAAAAGCUAGAGAGCAGGUUGGCCGAACACAUCUCCCGGUCUGCCAGUAUUGUCCGCCUUCAUUGUACAGCCGGAGCAUUGAGUGACAGCAGCAGCGAGCAGACAGCCAGUAUCCCAAUCCGACAGAAGAAUCGUUCAGAACCCGAAAAAGGAUCAACAGAGCGCCAGCAGCGGAGGCCAUCAACCAAUGCAUUGGCCGCACAAGGCGAACAUCAUCCUGGACGACGCAUCGACCAGCCAGACGAACACAUUUUGCAAUCGCCCAUUCUUUUCACUUCGACAUCACCCAGCGCAAUCACCCCACCUGCAAUCACCCCCGUCAGUUCGCUCGCAUCGUUCAACUUCGACGGCCGCUCAGAUACAGUCGUCGCCGAAAGCCCACACUCCCGAGUGCAGUCUGUACGUGGGCCCACUCGACGUGACCCGCAUCACGAGCCGUGGUUGAGUGACGGCAGCGACAAGGACACGCCCAAGAAAAGAGAGUGGAAAACAUGGCAUGAUAACGACAGCCAAGUGAUGGACCCGCGCCUAUCGUACAGCGAGUCCAUCGACACCGGUGCCUUCACAUACAUCAACUACAGCACCAGCGCGUCGUCCGAGGACGAGCAAGGAGGUCUGAAAUUCUUCCCAAGAAGGGAGCAACAACAACAACAGCAGCAGCAGCAGCAGCAGCCCCAGCCGCCGCCUCUGCAGCCAAAACCUCCCACAACUCCGCCUACGAGACAUCAGACUCCUCCUGACAGACCUCCUCCUGAUCGAGCAUUGCCGCCAGUCCCACCACUUCCAGCAGCAGCACUCGACAGCCCUAAGACAUCCAGACGGCGGACGAAGAAUUCCCCGAAGAACUCCCCUCGCCAGUCCAGAGUGGUGACUCGGAAUCAAGGGCAGACACAAACGCGCGAAGAGCUGCCGGCGGCGGCAAUGCCACCUCCUAUAGCAAGACGGUAUCCAACACGCAAAGACAGCCUGACUAAUCUGGGGCUACAUGAAGAUGACGAUUACCAUGAUAUCAUUCGGCACACUGGGACGAGACGAUCGGAACGAUCAGACCCUGCGAAAGCGGCGCCGCGAAGUCGGUCGAAGCAUAGUGCCGACCGACACGACCGACAUGCGGCGUGA